UCCGGGCCUGGGACUGGGCGCGCCGCACGCCCAAGAGCCUCGCACCCACCCGCGUUCGCGUGGCCCCCGUGGCUCGGACCCCGGCCCGCAGAGACACCUUCUGGCCGUGGGACCCGCAGAAAUCGUGCUUAGCCGCCGGCCCGGCGCCUCCAGGCCGCAGAUGUUUGCCAUCAAGCCAGGGCUAGCAGAGGGGGGCCAGGUGUUGGGAGGCCCACCCCCUGGAAUAAGUCAGUCUGAGCAGCAGCCAGACGGCAACUCGAACUUCAUGGCAAGUGCCAAGGAUGCCAAUGAGAAUUGGCACAGGAUGCCAAGUCCCAGGGAACCCCACCUGAUGAAGAGCUUAGAGAAGCUGCCUGCUGACAACCAGGCCUUCCAAGCCCCUGAACUCCCUGAGGGGGUGGUCCGAAGCCCACCUGAGGGAGCAGAGAUCCCCAGAGCUGAGAAUGAGAAGAUGGGUGAUGCUGGCACAGUCUGCUCCCCUCUGGAAGACAAUGGCUAUGCCAGCAGCUCCUUAAGCAUCAACAGCCUUAGUAGCAGCCCUGAACCUGCAUGUGGAACCCCUCAAGACCCAUGCUCCACAGAUCCCCUUCUGCCCUCAGUGGCCCAGGCUAUGCAGCAGCUGCAGGCUCAAGAGCGCUACAAAGAGCAGGAGAAAGAGAAGCACCAUGUGCACUUGGUAAUGUACCGUCGCCUGGCUCUACUGCAGUGGAUCCGGGGCCUGCAACACCAGCUGGUUGACCAGCAGACCCGUCUGCAGGAGAGCUUUGACACUAUCCUGGACAAUCGAAAGGAGCUUAUUCGCUGUCUCCAACAGAGAGCCGCACCAUCCAGGCCUCAGGAUCAGAGCUAAGCUUGUGUCUCCACACAUAGGCACAGGUACCUGUGUAUUUAGUUAUAGGCAUGUAUGUAUGUUCUGCUUAUGUAAAUUUAGUAUUAUUUGCGAGUGGUAUGACUAGGGAUGUGUUAACAUGAAGACAGGCAUGAAUGAGUGGACACUUCUCUAUGAGCAUGUGUGUUGUUGUGUACAACAGCAUAUACAGGCUAACAUGAACAUACCUCUCUGAGUGUAUAAGAGGGGCCUUGUGUAAAUGUAUUGCUUGUAAGAGUGAGUACAUUUAAGACUGAACAGGGGUUAAGGUACUUGUCUUGCAUAUGGCAACCCUACUUUUAUUCCUGGUGCUGCAUGAUCUCCCAAGCUUUAUUGGAAAUAGUUUAACCUUCCCCACUAAAUAAAC